GCAGAGGGUGGACCCGAAAACCCUCGCGUCAAGAAGGAGCCCCCUACUCUCCCUCGCCACCACCCCCACCGCCUCGCCCCCACCAGCACCCUCGGAGCCGGAGUGAGCGUUUCGCGAAGCAAGACUCAAGAGCCUCAGAAUGCAGGUGUUGCCGCAGAGCACCCACCGGAUAGCCCCGCGGUUCAGCGACGCCUCCCUCCACGUCCUCCUGCAGGGGGUCCGGAAGCGCAGGGAGGUCCUAUUCCCGGCGGACCGAAAGAAGAAGCCCUCCCGCCUCACCAAGGAGGCCUGGAUGGAGAUCGCAGCCGAGGUGACCAGCUGCGGGGUGCAGCAGAGAGACUGGGUCCAGUGCCGGAAGAGGAUGAACGACCUGCUCCGCACCGCAAAGGAGAAGAAGGCCCACAACAGCAUCGAGAUGUCGAAGGUAGGAGGAGGGAUACCGGACAUCCGGAACCUGACGGCAGCUGAGACGGAGGCCCUGGAGCUGGCCGGCGACCAGAGCGGCUUUUCCAUCUCCGACGCGGAGACCGGAGUGAUGAGCAUUAAGCGUGUCCGCGCCGUGGAGGUCCGGGGGGAGGUGUCCAGCGAGGUUCUUCAGACCUCCUCCGAGGAGGAGAGCGCCCAGGCUCCGGAGGAGUCUGCCCAGUCGUACCCCACCGCCUUCCUGUCCACCGCCGGAGACCCGACACCCUCGGCGGGGAAGCGACUGGCGCCGGACGCCCUCUACGCCCAGCCCCUCAAGGUCAUGCAGGUGCAGCUGAUGGAGCCGGUGAAAAACGAGGGCCCCGAGAGCCCCACCGGGGGCCAGGCCCACCCCGAGCCGGAGCCUGACAGCGGGCCGCUGAUGUCGGCCACCCUCAGCCUGCUGGAGCUGCAGCAACGGGCCGGAGAGAGCUUGGCAGAGCUGCCCAAGGCCCUCAGCCAUCACGCCCGCUCCAUGGAGGAGUCGCUGCAGGACAUGCGCUCGGCGAUCGCCCAGUCCAGCGAGCGCAUGGCCUCCUCCCUCGAGCGGCUGGCCAUGGUCAUGGAGACCCAGGUCCAGCAGAACACCCAGUGCAUGCUGGGGGUCAGCGCCAACCUGCAGACCAUCGCCCUGGCCGUCAGGUCGCUGCAGCAGUGGCCCAACGGGAGGUGCGCGGUGCGGCUGGACCCCCCCGGCGGCCCCCCGCCGACCGAAGGCCGAGAGAGGCCGGAGGAGCCGCGGCCUGCCCCGGCCGGAGAACCCUACCGCGACGGCCUGAGCGGCUGCCCAGCCCCCCUGCCUGUGACCGGCCGUCUCCAGCGGAAGCGACCUCAGAGGAGGCUCCUGGACUGACGCGGGGAGAGCCCCCGGACGCCGGGAAGUGUUG